GAGGGCUCCCCACGCGCUUGCUAUCUAGAGGUUCCCUAGCCUUGUCGAGCAUCUGUUGCCACCGUCAUCGCAGUCAUGGGACCCCGAGAGCGACUCACCGUCCUCAGAUGUGAAAUGUGAGGGGGUCCCGACCCCGGUCGCGCUUUCGGCACUAGGAGGGGGCCCAGACCCCCAGUAGAUGACCGCUCCUAUCUAUCUAUCUAUCUACUGUGCUAACACGACUUGGUGCUGUCCACCCGGCUAUCUCGGGCAGUCUGGCCCCAUCUCCGCGCGACCAGCAACGCCUUGCCUGUUUCGGGCAUACUUUCCCGCCCCCCUCGCGACUUGCCCAACUAGGAAUGAAUACGAUGCACCUUCCCCUCGCAGCCGUGCGGAGUCCCUUCUUUUUCCGCCCGUCUGCCCUCCAUCGGCAAUACUGGAGCUCUUUCAGUCCUGCUUAUUUUUAGUAACAUCGCGCUCAUGCGCGAUCUCAUAGGCUUGACGAUCCGGUUCGGCUGCGGAACCGUUGCCGGUGGUUAUCCGGCCAUGCAGACCACCUCAGAAGCGUAGCUCCCUCCACGACGACAAUAUCAG